GAACUACCUGGCUUAAAAGAUUGCUCGGUGGGCGGUGGUGGUUUUACUGUCUGGUUACCUGUUUUGAAUUCAGCCUGUAACGCUAUGGCGGCCUCGGGCUUUCCGCCGUUGCCCGCUCAGUUCAAGCCCAUUCAGCAUUUCCUGAGAACCGCGCAGGAGCUCGAGAAGAGGGAGCCUGUGGUGGCUUAUUAUUGUCGUUUGUAUGCUAUGCAGACAGGUAUGAAGAUUGACAGUAAAAACCCAGAGUGUCGCAAAUUUUUAUGCAAGCUCAUGGAUCAACUUGAAGCUAUGAAGAAGCAGUUGGGUGAUAACGAAGCUAUUACUCAGGAAAUAGUUGGCUGUGCCCAUGUGGAGAAUUAUGCCCUGAAAAUGUUUCUUUAUGCAGAUAACGAAGAUCGAGCUGGGCAGUUUCACAAAAAUAUGAUAAAGUCUUUUUAUACUGCAAGUCUUCUAAUAGAUGUCCUGACUGUGUUUGGAGAACUAUCAGAUGAGAAUGUUCAGCACAGAAAAUAUGCCAGAUGGAAGGCAGCAUAUAUUCAUAAUUGUCUGAAGAAUGGAGAGACUCCACAGCCUGGACCUAUUGGCAUGGAAGGGGAAUAUUAUGAAAAUGAAGAAGUUGGUUCUCCUGCUGCAACUAACCAAGGGUCAGAGCCAUCAUCUUCUGCUUUGCCUCCAAGCAAUUAUACGGGCAUCCAUAUCCCACCUGGUGCUCAUGCCCCAGCUAACACUCCUGCUGAAGUGCCCCAUAGCACAGGUGGGACAAGCAAUACAAUUCAACCUGCUCCUCAGAAUGUUCCGAUAGUAGAUCCUUCACUUUAUAAUGUCCAGCCUGCAGGGGAAAUUCGUUUGACUGCCGAAGACUUUGCCAAGGCCCAGAAAUAUUGCAAAUAUGCUGGCAGUGCUCUGCAAUACGAAGAUGUGAGCACUGCUGUUCAGAAUUUACAGAAAGCCCUCAAGUUACUGACUACAGGCAGUGAAUGACGCCUUUGUCCUCCAGAUUCAUGACUUAUGCCUAAAGAACUAACAGUCCAUUUCUCCUACCUUCAACCUGUCAGGAAACACACAGUUGCACAAAAGCUUUUGAUUUCAGACUGGAAAACAAAAUCUGUGUCUCUGUACUGAUUUUUUUCAAUAGCCUUGUCUGGAGCUAUGGCCAGCAGCUUCAUUCUUAACAGGAGCAUGAACCAUCUAAGGUUUGAAUUCAAGACACCAGUUCUAAACAGUUCUAGUCUAGUACUGCAGAAUGCCCCAGCAGUUGCUCUGAUGUGAGUGGGGGAUGGCAAUUAUCUGUUUAAAUGUGUAAUUGGAAUUAGUCACAAUACCAAAUAAAACUGUUGGAAACACAUCAUGGUUUUAAAGGUAAUGUUCAGAUAAUCUGGAAACAAGCAGUAUAACGUAUGUUAACGUUACAGCAAAGGGAGUUUACUUAGGAACUGUUAAAAUAAGCUAGAAAAGUAGGCAGGUUUCAAGUUAUACUUCAGGAAAAAAAACAUAGUUGGUUCCUGAUUCCAGCACUUCCAGAAGCUGUAUGAUCUGUUGUGGUUUUGUUUUGUUUUUUCCCUUCUCUGUGUGGUUUUAUUUCAUUUUUUAGGGAAAAGAAAAAUACAUCUGAUGUCUAAGCCCAGCUCCAGACAUCCUGAGCUUUGAGAGUAUUUCCAUUUAGUUCUAAAACUUAGAGACUGUUUCUAAUGUAAUAUAUGGACUAUCAUGUUGAGCAGUUUGUGGGGAGGGGUAUUUUUAUUUGUAUCUAUUGCCAAAUAGUAAGAUUACUACAUGAAUUUAAAAUUUUCAAACUAAUACUGGAUUGUAGACUCCAUUAAAAUGUAUCGGACCCUUCACAUGUGUUGUUGAAUUAUUUAUCUAAUCCUGUUUUAACAGUGAAUAAAAAUGUUCAGUACUCACUGUAA